CAUCAUCAUCUCUCCAACAAACAAUCUCUGCAAAAUCAUCAUCUUAAUCUGAUCACACCUACCCCCAGUAAAUCGAACCCUGAUUUUUUUUUUCAGCUCUUUCUAUUCUCGUCCACAGAAAAAAGAAACGCCUUACUUUUCGCCGCAAUAUAAAUUUGAAUAAAACUUUGAAAGUGAUGUCAUCAUCAUCUUAAUACAAAGACUUCUCUAUCUCUCUAAAAAUUCUACAGUCAAACACUCAAGGUCUCCGUCGUUUUAAGCUUAUAUUUACAAUAUACUUUCUACAAUUUCCUCUGGAGUUUUAAGGGGGCGUUUGUUUUGACGAAGAGGGGUUUGAUUGAAUUUUGAGUUGGUGUUGUGAUUAGGAUUCACAAAGAUGGAUCCAAGAACAACUCCAGCUAAAGCUGAUAAGAAAGUUGACAAAUUUGAUGUGGGAAAAGUGAAGGGUGUGGGAAGUAUGAGUAACAAAGAUAUGAUUGUUAGAGCUGAUAAGAUUGAUUUAAAGAGUUUGGAUAUCGAAUUGGAGAAGCGUCUAAGUAGGGUUUGGUCUAGGGAUAAAGACCUUAAUAAACCAAAGGAAGAAUGGGAGAUUGAUUUGUCAAAAUUGGAGAUAAAGAGUGUUAUAGCUCAUGGAACUUACGGUACUGUGUAUAAAGGUGGUUACGAUGGCCGAGAUGUUGCAGUGAAGCUUUUGGAUUGGGGUGAGGAUGGUGUUGCCACAACUGCUGAAACUGCUGCGCUUCGGACAUCAUUUAGGCAAGAGGUUGCUGUCUGGCAUAAGCUUGACCAUCCUAACGUUACUAAGUUUAUUGGGGCUUCAAUGGGAACUUCCAAUCUUAAGAUUCCUCCUGGGAAUUCCGACGGUCGCAGUGCCCUUCCUGCAAGAGCAUGUUGUGUUGUUGUGGAGUAUCUUCAAGGAACACUGAAGAGUUAUUUGUUUAGAAAUCGACGCAAGAAACUUCCAUAUAAGACUGUGAUACAACUUGCAUUGGACCUUGCUAGAGGGUUGAGUUAUUUGCAUUCUCAGAAGAUUGUACAUCGUGAUGUCAAGACGGAAAACAUGUUAUUGGAUAGUAAAUUAACCGUGAAAAUUGCUGAUUUUGGUGUUGCUCGUGUGGAAGCUCAAAACCCGAGUGAUAUGACUGGUGAAACCGGUACCCUCGGUUACAUGGCCCCUGAGGUUCUUGAUGGUAAACCCUACAAUAGAAGGUGUGACGUAUACAGCUUUGGUAUAUGCUUAUGGGAAAUCUACUGCUGUGCUAUGCCAUAUCCUGAUCUUAGUUUUGCUGAAGUCUCAUCUGCAGUUGUUCAACAGCAUUUGCGACCAGAAAUGCCGAGAUGUUGUCCUAGCCCAUUAGCAAACAUCAUGCGGAAGUGUUGGGAUGCAAACCCUGAAAAACGACCAGAAAUGAGUGAGGUGGUAAUGUUGUUAGAGGCUCUUGAUACCAGUAAAGGAGGAGGCAUGAUACCAGAAGACCAGAAAAGUGGAUGCUUUUGUUUCGGUGUUGCUCGGGGUCCAUGAUUUUUUUUUUACCUGUUUCUUAUGUUGCAGUGGUAUUAGUGUUGUAGAGGGUUUUAGUUUGAUUUCCUUUUUGUAUGGUCUCCUUGCAUCGUAUACAACCGUGUUUUUUUAGUUGCGGAGGAGGAUGCUUGAAAUAAUUAGGGAAACCUAUAAUCACAUUCAGAGCUCAUUGUUUGCCCUCAUAACUAUAUACUCCAAGUCAUAUAAAUAUAAUUGCUUGAGUUUGUAGUUUGUAAUGUAUAUUUGUACGUUAAACUCA